AGUUCUGCCGGGGGCGGGCGCAUUGCCCGGCGGGAGGCGCUCAGUCACACGCCAGCGGACCAAGGGAGGGAGGCGGGAGCAUGGCUGGCAGGUCCCUGCGGACGGCCCGGCACUACCUCAUCUCGCUGCUCUCGUUGGGCGCUCGGCGGCCCAGCAGAGAUUGCCUGUGUGUCUUCAGCACUGCGGCCCAGCAGAGGAGCACGGGAGAUGAAUGUGGACCAGAGGAUCCCCGCGAUGAGCCAAGGCAUCCCCUUUCUGAGCGAACUCUAGAACUCAAAGCCAGCAAACUGGAAGAACAAGUCCGUGAUUUAACUGAGCGAUACCGGAAAGCCUUGGCAGAUUCUGAAAACGUCCGGAGGAGAACACAGAAGUUUGUGGAAGAUGCCAAGCUGUUCGGGAUCCAGAGUUUCUGCAAGGACCUGGUGGAGGUAGCUGAUAUCUUGGAGAAGACUACUGAGAGCGCUGCAGGAGAAGCAGAGCCUAGUGACCCAAAACCAACCCUCAAGAAGAUCUAUGAAGGCCUCUCCCUCAUAGAGGCCAAGUUGCAAAGAGUAUUUGCCAAGCAUGGCCUUCAGAAGAUGAACCCCGUCGGUGGCAAAUAUGAUCCAUACGACCAUGAAAUAGUCUGCCAUGUGCCAGCAGAGGGAAUGCAGCCGGGCACAGUGGCCCUAGUGACUCAGGAUGGCUAUAAACUCCACGGCCGCACUAUCAGACACGCACAAGUUGGUGUGGCAGUAGAGUCGCAGGAGUAAUGUGGUGGGUGCACCCACCGGGAUCUGGGACCUUAUUGAGCUGAGGACUCUGCCACACAGUGGCGAUAGCAGCUGCAUGUCUUUUCUUUAUUUAUUAAGCUAGGUUUGUAUUGUACAUUGGCUUCUUCACAACAUGUGCAUAAUCUUGGCUUUAAUUCCAAGAGGCUCAAUUAUUUAAUGUCACUUUUUCUGAGUGUGUGUAAUACUGGAAGUCCUGCUAUUUAUCAGAAGCAUGUGGCACUGCUAGCUCCCCUUCUCUGUUGGAUUCACGUCUCUCUCAAAACUUACACUGGGGGAAGAGGGAGUUGGGGAGAGAGAAUCUGAGAGCCAGGAAUUUAUGCCUUCCAAUCCCAGCUCUGACAUACUCUUUCCCUGGCUUUGGGCAAGUCACUUAGCCACUCUUCCUCAGUUUCCCUAUAUGUAAAAUAGGGAUAUAAUAAUACUUACUGACCACCUCACAGGGCCGUUGUGAGGAUUAAAUAAUAUUUGAGAUGCACCGUAGAGAUGAAGAGCUCUAGCUAAGUGCUAAGUAUUAUUAUGAGACUCUUUUGUGGUCUUUUAUUUUUUUUUUCCCAUUUCCCUUACGCAGAAGGAGCUGUGAAAGCAUCUGCCAUUUUCAGCCAGACUUUUCUCAUCUCUCUUCAGAAAAAGCAAUUCUGAAUUAACAAAGCCUUAAUCAUCUUGUAUUUGAGUAUGGAUGAGGGUUUUUUAAAAAAAAAAAUAAUUAUCAACUGAAACUUGAUCAGAUUAAUGUUUGCUCUCCAGCUAAGACUUCAGACCUGCAGAGCUGUCCCUAGGGGACAGUGAAUCAGGGUGACCGCUCCCAGCCCCACACUUGGGGACCCCCAUGGGCUGGUGGCCACAUGGGUGGUGGGUGAACCGCUGGCUGGGGGAGGGAGAGCCACACUUGGCUGUUUGGGAAGGCACCGCCUCUCCUAGACGCUUCCGGCGCAGUCAGUCCCGGAAGUGAUGUCACUUUCGCCCCGGUCCCCACAUCUCCCUAGGGACAGCCCUGCAGACCUGUCUGCUUCUCACUGAAGUUAAACAGUGGGAGUGACACCAGGCAGGGGGAGCAGGAACUAUUCUCAAGUCUCAGCCACUGAGCAAGGAUCUAGGCCUGUUCUCCAAACAAGAAGUAUUUUUGAGAAGGGAAAUCUAUCUCUAGAUCAUUUGUGCUACAGCUUCCAAGCACCAGAAACGGUUCACUCUUUACUAACCCUGAAAGGGGAAAUAUGAUCUCUUAUUUUGUCAACAAAAUACCAGCUAACAGAUACACAAUUAACACUGAUGACUUUCCCAACCCUAAUUCAUAGCCUAUUUCUGCCUGGCUGUGGAUAGACAUCAAAUUUAGGCUUUAUUUCAUUUUUUUUAGAUGGAAGGAGAGAAGUCUUAGCAAAAGCUCCAAGUGUCCUUGAAUCAGUUGCAGCAGCAAUUAUGAGCAAGUGAAGAGAGGCAGGGAUCCAAGUGCCAGUCGAGAGUGGGAGCUGGCCUAAAGUGUUCUAGCUCAAGGCCGUCUGGCUGGUGCAGCCUGGCGAAAGAUCAUAGGGCAUGUGUAUCUCUGUUGCUGAACAGAUUGUAUGUGUGAUACCUUCAGCUAAACUGAAAGGAUGGGUAGACUCCUCAUCCCCAGCAUUACUGACUUACUAGAUGCUAAUGUCUAUCUCUGAGCUAAAUGGGAAUCUAACCCUCAUUUAAUGAACGGCAGAAGAAAUAAUGGAAGAGAAGACCCCAAGCUAUCAGCUGCAUUAUAAAAGGCAAGGAGGGUGAACAGUUGUACUUUCAGGUGGUUCUUUCAGGAGUUCUUGCCCUCUCACUUGCUAUCAAACCUAUGGUCUGGCAGGUGUUUGGGCUCUGCUUCCAAAGACUUUUGUCUAGUGCGGCCGCCAGCUCUAGCUCGGAGGUAUUCCUUUGCAGAUGUGAGAUGCUGAAAAAGGCAGGAGAGGUACCCAUGGUCUUGUUGUGAUGGCUCUCGAGAUUACAACCUCCCUCAAUAGGCAGCUACAAAUUAAGACUUUCUGGGAAGAUUCCAUAAACAUAGAAUAUAUUCAUCUGAAUGAGUUUCAUUCAAAGACAGACAUGUCUUCUUGUCUCUUAUGAUUAGUGCAAAACUGCCUCUUAAUGACAGCGGUACCCAAAGUUCCCUUGGGGGUGAUUCAGCGUUUCAGUUCUUCAUUACAAAACACUUCUUAAUGUGUGUAUGUGCCUCUGACCAUUUAGGAUGUUGAGGCAAGUACUUGAGAUCUCAGCCCUGGAAAUCAAUACUUCAUGGGAAGUUCUAGCAAGCAUCCACUUAAGUUUCUUUAUCUGUGUAACUUCUACAAUACUGGCGUACCUUACAGGGCUGUUGUGAGGAUUAAUUUAAGGUGUAUAAAGUGCUGUGAGUUCCUUUGACUAAAUGUGCUAGAGAGAAGCAUGGUAUCGCCGCUGUUGAUCCUAGUUUUCGACUUCACUUUGAAUCCCACAAUGAAAGUGCAACUAGGCAAACCUUUGGGCCAAUCUCCCAAAUUCCCUAGCAGGAGUUACACAGCUUAGGCUAAUUUUGGACCUGUUGCCUUUCAAAUACACACACCCCUCGUGUGGUGUAGGUUGUCUAUGGCUAAGUUGAAUUUCUUCUGUGGAGAUUCCUGUCCCCUUGCUGUCUUCCAUGGUUUGUGUAAAGCUUGCACGCUAAACACAGGGGGCCAGAUUUUUCUUUGGCAUAACUCUUUUGCACUUCAGGGAGUUACACCAUGGAGGAAUUGGGCCCUUUGGCUUUUUCUUCCCAGUCACUUUAUGACGGCCUGACCUGAACACAGAAGUGUAUUAGAAGGGAAGGUUUGGCGGAAGAGGGAAAAUGUCACAUAAACACUAAUCAUUUCCACUUUAAUACACCCAUGAACCUUGGAACUUGAGCACUUAAUGUAGAUGACUAGAUAACAAAUGUGUGUUCAGCUGGAGUCAUGGGAUAAGAUAGGAAGCAAAGGGUAGAAAUAAACAGUCAGUUUUCACAGUCGAGAGAGGUAAAUAAUGGGGUCCCCCAAGGAUCUAUACUAGGAGUAGUGCUGUAUAACAUAUUCAUAAAUGAUUUGGAAAAAGGUAAACAGUGAGAUGGCAGAGUUUGCAAACACAAAUUUACUCAAGAUAGUUUAAGUCCAAAGCUGACUAUGAAGAGUUACGAAGAGAUCUCACAAAACUGGGUGACUGGGCAAUAAAAUGGCAGAUUAAAUUCAGUGCUGAUAAAUGCAAAGUAAUGCACAUUGGAAAACAUAAUCCCAACUAUAAAUACAAAAUGAUGGGGUGUAAAUUAGCUAUUACCAUUCUUGAAAGAGAUUGUGGACCCAUCAUGAAUAGUUCUCUGAAAACAUCUGCUCAAUGUGAAAAGCUAACAGAAUGUUAAGAACUGCUAGAAAGGGGAUAGAUAAUAAGAAAAUAUCCUAAUGCCACUAUAUCAUCCGUGGUAAACCCACACCUUAUAUACUUUGUGCAGUUGUGGUUGCACCAUUUCAAAAAAGAUAUAUUAGAGUUGGGAAAAGCACAGAGAACGGCAACAACCGUGAUUUAUAAGUAGGGAACAGCUUCUAUAAGAGGAGAGAUUAAAAAAACUGGGACUGUUCAUCUUGGAGAAGAGACUAAGGGGGGGGAGAGGACAGAGGUCUAUGAAAUCAUGACUGGCGUGGCGAAAGUGAACAGGGGAGUAUUAUUUUCCCCUUCACAUAACACACGGAAUGAAAUUGAUAGGCAGCUGGUUUAAAACACAUAAGGAAGUACUUCACACAUUGCACGGUCAAUCUGUGGAACUCAUUGCCAGGGGAUGUUGUGAUGACCAAAAGAAUUAGAUAAGUUCUUGGAGGAUAGGUCCAACAAUGGCUAUUAGCCAAGAUGUUCAGGAAGGCAACCCCCUACUCUGGGUGUCCCUAAACCUCUGACUGCCCUAAGCUGGAACUGGACAACGGAGGAUGGAUCACUUGAUAAAUUGCCCUGUUCUGUUCACUUCCUCUGAAGUAUCUGGCAUUGGCUACUGUCAGAGGACAGGACGCUGGGCUAGAUAGACCACUGGUCUGGCCCAGUAUGGCUGUUCUUAUGUGGUGUUGGUCAGUAGAAAUGGCUUUCUGCUCUUGGACUCUGACAACCCUCCUUUAUGUUAGCAAUCACCUUACUUCAUGACCUCUGUAGAUCUUGCCAGUGGGGCACAUUGGGGUUCAAUUCUUCCAUGAGGCUCCCGGUGGCACGAUCAUAUAAGUUUGGCAGCCUGUCUGUAUGCAGCGCAAAAUGUGAAUGUUAUGUGGACCUCAAAUUCUCAAUAUUUCAUUAACAGAUUCUGUUGAAACAGCUGUGAUAAAUCAAUUGCUAUUAGCACUCUGAUUUUAAAAAUAUUUAAGUUUUUAUAUUUUAGUAUUUUUUUAUUUUAAAGCACAACAUAUUUUGAUAUCAUUUUUGCUGAGUCAAAUGAACAAAGAAUUGCUGAUCUCCAAAAAGUUACAUCCUUGUAGUUGAUAGGAAACCUUCUGUAUGGUUUUUUUCAUAUGUUUCUAUGCUCUUAUUUACCCAAAGGUUCUAGCUGUAUGAAAGGGAAAUUCAUAUGGAACUGUGGGGAGUGGUGCUGAUGAUUGAUGACAGAGAUUUGAGUUAAUGUUGGAAUUUGCUGAUUUCUUCUAGAUGUCUGGAUACUGUGUGUGCUAAUAAACAUUUUUUUUUCAGGA